AUGGACGAUAAUGACAAUUAUUGGACCGGAUUCUAUUGUAUAGCUUGUCGAGAGGAAAAGGACUUAAAUCCUGACCAUUCCAUACCAUAUAAUGAAACUAACAAUGAAAGACCUAAAGGGACGGUCAUUGACCUUUUGUCCGAAGUUCGUGCUACGAGUUUCGUAGCGAACCGGCCAACGGAAAAGUCGCGGAGAGAGGAGCGCCGGUGGGACGAACCUGCGCGCGCGCCACCCGAGCGUAUUUAUUCGCAAGGCCACGCUAGCGCCGCGCCAGUGCGUAGACAACACUCGCACGCGGUAUACGGUCACUGCGUUACGAACACCGCGUACCGCGAUACGUAUUCCGCGCACUAA